UUUUUAUCAGCUUGUAUUAAGUGACAAGGAGUCACACGAACAGACAUGGACCGAGGAGGCUGUCAAAUGAACGGAGGAGGAGGAGGUGUCGGCGGGUCGAACAGACACGGUAUGAUCACGCUGGAGGACCUGGAGUCUUUCUCCGAAGAACAGCUGUCAGACUCCGGUAACGGCAGCCUGGAAGAGGAAACCACGGAGGAGGAUCAGGAUCCGGACCGACUCCUGCACUACUGGCAGGAGGUGGCGAGAGGACACCACGUGGAAGUUCCUCAAGACAUGACAGGACCCAUCCAGCAGCUGACCAGCAACAACGAGGGACGCAGUGAAAGACAGCGCAUCCCCUUUACGCUCAUCACCCGCAAAGAAAAAUGUGGACAGCUGCUAUAUGAGAAACGCCGCUAUGAAAAGGGCCGCUGGGCUUGUAUUACAAUGCACGAGGACACCUACGAACAAAGCAUCUGCUACGGCUUUAUGAAGAUAAUGAGAUACAUCUGCAAGCAGAACUCUUUAGGUGAAUACUUGGGCAUGACGCUGCCCAUUCUGACAGUGGUGCAUACGAAUGAGAACCACUCUGUCAUCUCCCGUGAUGUGACUGUGGCGUAUUACCUGCCCACCCACCAUCAAGCCCAGCCCCCACAACCGUAUGACAGUGAGAUCACCAUAGAGAUUUGGCCUGCUGCUAUUGUGUACGCAAGAGCUUUUACCGGACCCACCAAUGAAGUGAUUCUUAUUAAUCAAAUCAACGUCAUGGCUGAGCUGCUUGAUGCUCCUGGUGUGGGGAUCAGCAAUUCGUUCAUUGUAGCCGGCUACACCAACCCGGCUCACAGCAACCGUCAGAAUGAGAUCUGGUUCCUUGAGCGAAACUGAGGCAGCAUAUAGCAUCAAGCGAUAUCCUAUCUGUGAUCCCUGAGCCUCAUGAAGACUCCCUUAACACUGCCACAGCUAAGCUUCAGUCUCAGCAUUGGUUAGCGAUCACCUGUCCAGCACAUUCCACAUCAGAUGAGGUUUACAAAAAGUCACCCAUCGUCUCCACCAGAAAACUCUCAUGCAUAUUUUCAUGUUAAUCCUCUCUGGAACUCUUCCUGAUCUGCCUUUGGGUCGUGUAGAAAGUACAUCAGUGAAAAACUAAGUGAACUCCGUCACUGUUGGUCUGCUAGUUUCUUAUAUCUCGAGCACGCCACACUGUUCCAGGAAUACUGACCGUGCAUAAUGCUAAUGAAUUAUUCUGUUCAUGACAAGUGCAAUAUCUAGCGAAUAAGGCCGGAAUCACACAUGCUGGAUGAUUAACAACUGUAAUUGUUGGGGUGUGUCAGGAGACGGAACCAGCUCUAUAAUCCAUCAGACAGACAAUCAGGUAAACACGAGCUACACCAGGAAGAACUGGUUGCUCAACACAGUACGUUGGCAUUAACAUAAAUGGGUGGAAAAAACAAGUUCCACGUCAACAAGCCAAAUGCUGAAAAACUCAGAUUUGAUGCUAAAUAACAAUCAGAUUAUGAUGUUUUCUUUCACAUCGUUAUGUAUUCCUUGUGUUAUCAGGAAGAAUGAAGGAAAAAAAUACAUCUUAUGUUUUAGUGUCUCUGUAAUGCACAGUAUCAUUUUAAAUGGUAGGCUGAACUGAACGUGACUCCUGAAAUACUUAUGUACGUAUACUCCUUAUACUUACUAUUCAGUGCUGCACAGCAAAUACCACAAUAUCUGUACUGGAAUAAAUAAUACAAUAAAGGUGGAAGCUAUCUGCAAAUAUGAGGAGACUCUAAAGUAAGAUCAUUGUAUUAAUUCUAUUUUACAUUUAAAACAGAUGUAAUGCAAAAAAAAAAGUCUAUAACCACAAAACAAAAACAAAAACAAACUAAUUGUUGCGAUGCGAGGUUUUUACAGCUCAGGAGCAGCGUUGUGAAAUCUUUUGAACACUCGUUAUCUCAUUUUCAAUCCAUGUAAAAUUCUAAGUGAAACUGUGCUUGGUUCAUGGUGAAAUCAAUAAAAUCUAUGACCAAUUAAAUGGAUUGCAUUUAUAUAGCACUUAUCCAUCUGAAACAAAAGCUCAAAAGCACUUUACAAUGACGCCUCACAUUUACAGACCAAUGUCAGGUCCUGCCAUGCAAGGUGCUCACUACACAUUGGGAGCAACUAGGGGAUAAAGGUCCUUGCCCAAGGGCCCUUAGUGAUUUUCCGGUCAGGUUGGGAUUUGAGCCGAGGAUCCUCUGGUCUCAAGCCCAACGCUUAACCGCUAGACCAUCGCCUCCCCAAUUUUCGCAUUUAUGAAUGCACCAUGUCUUUCAGAUGAUAAAACUACGCAAUUUCUUUUUGGUACUCUUCUUCGUGGCAUAAGAAAAUAGGAUUAUUUUCCAUCAAAUAUUUGCAAUCAUAUUAUUUUCAGUAAUCAUCUACACCUGUCUUUGUGUUGCCAUGUAAUGAAUAGUAAACAGAUUUUUCUGUGUGUAUUUUACAUAUUUUUGUUAUUAUCUCUCUUUCUGUGUGUGUGUCUCUGUCCUCCUUUCAAGUAGAAAAAAUAUAUAUUUUUUUUUUACAUCAAUGAAGAAAAUAAGCAUCAAGCUGCUCCCUUUUAUCAUAAUUCUAGAUUGCCUAAUGUGUUUUCUUUCCCCCUUUGUUUUAUGACAUUUUCUCAAUUUUUUUUAAAAGUGUAGAUCCAAAAUACUGUAAUUUGCCUGAAUCAGGUUUAAAGUUGGAAUGUCAUGAGAUCACAUCUAGACUUCAAAAUCCAAAGAAUUUCUGCUGCAUUUGCCGAACAUAGAGUUCAUAUGCUAGUAUAAGCCAAGUCUAGUCUGUGCACAUGUGCAAAACCUAUUGCCUGUCACUUCACUUUAGGAGUCAGGUUACGUGGGAACAAGAGGAUUUAACUGUUUCCUGUCUCUUUGGGUAUUCGUUAGUGUUUUUCAAAAAUGUGCUGUAUUGUGAAAAUUUCAAACGACAAUUGCUACUGUGGCUUUCUUUGUUUGUCUCCAAUAAAAGCGUACUUGUCUCCUA